AUGCCUAAACUCCUGCAAGGUAUUGUCACUGUCAUCGAAGUUUUCUACCAAUACGCCACUGAGUAUGGGAAAUGUGACAUGCUGAGCCCAAAAGAGAUGAAAGAACUUCUAGAAAAUGAGUUUCGCCAAAUUCUAAAGAAUCCAGAUGAUCCAGACACGGUAGAAAUCAUCAUGCAAAGUCUGGAUCGAGAUCAUAACAACAAAGUGGACUUUACUGAGUAUCUUCUCAUGAUAGUCAAGCUAUCUCAGGCUUGUAACAAAAUUAUUGGCAGAGAUUACUGCCAAGCUUCAGGGUCAAAGCAAAGAAAUCACAGUCACCAGCAACAUAAGGAACAGAGUGAAGAAGAAAACGACGACAAAGAGCAGGAUGCCUCUUCAAGUUCUUCAAGUUUUAGUGCAGGAGAGAAUGAUGCUUAUUCUAGGGAUUCAAGAGGAAGAAAUAAACACAAAUCUGAGUCAAACUGUAGAAAACCAAGGAAUGGGAACCAACGAGGUUCUGAAGAAAGAACAACUUCAAGUCACUUCAAAAACAGUGAGAAAUAUGAACAGGGACAACAUGGAUCAGAAACAAGCCACAUGCCUAGGGAGAGCAGAAGAUGUAAUUCAAAGGAAUCUUCUGGCUACCUUCAACAUUACUCUGGUUCAGGACAGUCGACUGGCAGGAGUAAAGAAGUUUCUGGCCAACAUCAGCACUAUGGUAAUAAAAACCAUGAUAUACAACCAAGGGAAUCAUCAGGUUGUGAAGGAGGGCAGUCAUCAAGGUCUGGGACUCAGAUCUCAGGGUCAAGCCAGUCAUCUAACCAGAAGAAAAAUAACUUUGGGUCAGGAGAGUCUUCUAGUGCAGGUGAAUAUGGCCCUGCAUCUGGAAAAGAGUCAGGAUCUAUAGGAAAAAGAUCUGGACAAGGACAGUCUUCUGGAAGUACACAAAAUGGCACAACAUCAAGACAGUCAUCAAAGUGGCAGUCAGCUUCCUCAGGAAAGCAUGGAUCAACUCAACGUAAUUUAUCAAGCCAAGAAAGGAACAGGUCUAGCUCAAGGGAGUCUUGUGGCUCCCAACAAUCUGGGUCUGGCUCAGGAGAGUCUUCUGGCUUUAGUCAAUAUGGAUCUGGGCAAGUUCAGUCUUCUGGUGGUAGCCAACAGGGUUCCUUCUCUGGACAUGGACAACAUGGUUCUGGUUGUGGUCAGUCAUCCAGCUAUGGGACACACAACUCAGGGGCAAGUCAGUCUUCUAGCCAGAGUACAAGUGGCUCUAGGUCAGGACAGUCUUAUGGUUCAGGGAAAUAUGGUUCUGCAUCAGGAAACUCUUCUGGCUCUGGUAGGCAAGGAUCAGGACAAGGUCACUCUUCUGGUAGGACACAGCAUGGCACAACAUCAAGACAGUCAUCAAGCUAUGGCUCAGGUCAGUCCACUCUCUCUGGCAAACAUGGAUCAACUUCACGUCACUCAUUGAGCCAAGAAAGGAGCAGGUCUAGCUCAAGGGAAUCUUGUGGCUCCCAACAAUCUGGGUCUGGCUCAGGAGGGUCUUCUGGCUUUAAUCAACAUGCAUCUGGACAAGGUCAGCCUUCUGGUGGUAGCCAACAGGGUUCCUUCUCUGGACAGUCAGGAGGUAGUCAUCAGCACAGCUCUUCCUGUGGUCAUUCCACUAGCUAUGGUAAACAUGGCACCUGCUCUGGUCAGGCUUCCAGCAGUGGGACACACAAGGCAGGGUCAAGUCAGUCUUCUAGACAGAGCAGAAGUGGCUCUGGGUCAGGACAGUCUUCUCAUUUAGGUGGAUGUGGUUCUACAUCGGGACACUCUUCUGGCUACACAGGGCAAGGAUAUGGGCAAGGACAGUCAUCUGGUACUGGACAAUGUGGUACUUCUUCAGGACAUUCAUCAAGCGGCAGCUCAGGUCAGUCCACUACCUAUGGCGAGCAUGGAUCAGGAUUUUUACAUCUGAAAUUCCUGGUCAUCUUAGUCACCUGGAGUAAGCAACAAGGCCUCAGUGGGACUACAGUCCUCACAGCCAAGUACCACACCUAUGGCUUCAUCAAGGUAAAGGCCACAUUUCUGACUUUAACAGACAAGAGAGGUGGUACCAGAAUUCAGCAGUAA